GUCUUAAAAUUGAAGAGCGUUGUUUGAUUGUUUUCAUUUUUCAAACGUGAUGUCAUAUCUAUCUACGGGAUUUAUUUGUGCAGCGACGUGAAGCUAGCGCCAUGCCGAUCACAAAUAGAGACAAAAAAAAGCGGGGCAGGGACACGGCGGUGCAGGGAACCAACGACAGUAGUGUGGUGAGCAAGGUGUCUGCUGCAGCACAAGGCUACUUCCAGGAUGCUUUCCUCCAACACUUUGUGUGUAAAGUGACCAGGAGAGCUCCACUUAUCAACAGGGGUUACUAUGUCCGUUGGAAAGCCAUAGACCACUGUGUGAGGAGGUUUCUACAGGCUACUAUUGGUUACCCCAAGAGGCAGAUUUUGUCUUUGGGGGCAGGCUUUGACUCUUUAUAUUUUCGCCUUCAUGCGGAAGCUGCUAUCGACAGAACUGUUGUGUUCGAAGUGGAUUUUCCGGAUGUCGCGCAUCGCAAGGCUUCACUGAUUAGCGGCAAUAUUGCACUAAGGGGAACAUUAGACUCCCAUUUGCUCUCCUCAACAGGACCAGCAUAUGUGUCUAGUGAUCAGUACUGUCUGCUAGGGGUGGAUGUCAGAGAAGAGUCCCAGGUAGAAGAGGCUCUAAGUGGAGCUGGGCUGGACUGGGAGGCCCCUACCCUCCUACUUUCUGAAGUGGUACUUACAUACAUGGAAUCAAAAUGGUCGGAUUCUGUCAUUGGCUGGACAGCAAAGCUCCUUCCCCAAGCACUCUUCGUAAUGUAUGAACAGAUCCGUCCCUAUGAUCCCUUUGGCUGGAUUAUGCAAGAUCACUUCCUGAAGCUCAACUCAACUUUACAUGCUCUUCGACAAUACCCAGACACUGCUGCGCAGAGACACAGGUUCCUGGACAAGGGCUGGGAGCAAUGUGUGUGCCUAGAUAUGAAUGAUUUUUACCUGGGCGUGGUACAUCAGGAGGAGCGCCGCAGGUUGGAAAGCCUGGAACCCUUUGACGAGUACGAGGAGUGGCAUCAGAAAUGUUCCCACUACUUUAUCCUCACUGCCUCUCGAGGCUCUCUGACUAUACAAGCUUUACUCACACUACCUCCAGUAAGCCCAGUGCCAUCCGUUAGCCCAACUUUCAGUCCCAUGGCCCUGAGUGUCAGGACCAUGCCAGAGGAAAUAUGUGUGGAGGGAUUAGGGAUGGCUUCCACCUGUCUGGGCCCAGGGCAGAUUUUGCUUACAGGAGGCUCCAGCAGAGGAGGCAGAGGGCUGGUGCCUAGGCUUCUCCUCAGAAGCCAGGCUAGCUGGAGAUGUGUCUGCGUGGAACCCUCUACAGACUUAGGUGUUCGACUGUAUCACACCCUAACCCCCCUCCCUGCAGGUGGUGCUGUGUUAUACGGAGGUCGUUCCUCUCCCCUCAACCCAAUCAGAAGCCUUUUCAAAGUGACCCUUGACUCCUGUGGUCCCCCAGGCUCACUUACCUGUGAAGACCAGGGCACAUUGAAACUCUGUGCAAAGGUGAUGGCCUGUACUGGUGACCUACCGCAGCCAAGAUGGAGGCACACUGCUACUGUUAUCAGUCACAGAGGUAAAGACUUCCUGUUUGUGUUUGGUGGACGGAAUGAGAAAGAGGCAGUUCUGGGUGAUUGCCACUUCCUUUGUCUCAAAGAGCAGCACUGGACUGAGAUCCCUAUUGAGGGAACAGCCCCUGAGGCUCGUUUCUCCCACUCAGCGUGCCCUUACAGUGGAGGAUUGGUGGUGUUUGGAGGGCUGGGGACAGAUGUACCACUAGGGGACACCGUACUGCUGAGGUCCACCAACAGGGGCUUCUGCUGGGACAGACUGCAGGUUCACCCCCCUCCCAUUCCCAGGUAUUCACACUCUGCCCAUGUGAUUGGUGAUCGGCUGGUUUUGGUGGGUGGGGUUUGGCUGCACUCGGAGGGCGUUCCAGGAAUUGCGGUGAUAGACCUGACCACUGGGAGCAGCAUGGAGUUUACACUAGACACAACCUCGGUGCCCUGGCCUCUGAUGCUCCACUCCUUCUGCUCUGAGCUGACUGACUCAGAGGAACCUGCUGUGCUCCUCGUCGGGGGUGGAGGAAACUGUUUCUCCUUUGGGACACACCUCAACCCUCAGCCUGUCACUGUGGGCCUUAGUGCUGUACUGGAAUAAAGUGACCCGCACUUCUCCUGGACGGAUUGAAUUGACUAAGAGGGAAGGACUUCAACCGAAGAGAAAAAGUCCAUAUUGUGAAUUAUGUGAAAGGACUUUUGGGGCAGCGCAGUGUUUUUAUAUGGUUAGCGCUGUUGCCUCACAGAAAGAGGAUUCAUGUUUGCAUGGAUUUUGACACACACAUUCAGCGAGUGUGGGUCAUGUGACAGACUGUCAACCUUUUCAGAGUGUCUCCCAGGCUUUCACCCAAUUUCCUGCUGGACAGGUACCAGCCAUCUGAAGCUGAACUGGAAUUUGCGAGUAGAGAAUGAAUGCAUGAUUAAUGUGCUUUUGGCUCAUGUCUGAUAUGAACUGCAUACAGUGCUAUUCUAAUGAAUUCAUUUAUUUAGUACAUUGAAAUCCUAAAAAGGGACUACCGUUUUUGAUUUGAAUUAAAUAUUUACCAAUGUUUGGUCUGGGUGGCAUGGCAGUCGAUUCCGUUGCCUACCAACACGGGGAUCGGCAGUUUGAAUCCAUGUGUUACCUCCAGCUUGGUCGGGCGUCCCUACAGACCCAAUUGGCUGUGUCUGUGGGUGGGAAGCUGGAUGUGGGUAUGUAUCCUGGUCGCUGCACUAGCACCUCCUCUGGUCAGUCGGGGUGCCUGUUGGGGGGAGAGGGGGAACUCGGGGGAAUAGCGUAAUCCUCCCACGCACUACGUCCCCCUGGCAAAACGCCUCACUGUCAGGUGAAAAGAAGCGGCUGGCGACUGGGGUGGAGCAGAGAUCGGGACGGCUUGGAAGAAUGGGGUAAUUGGCCAGAUGCAAUUGGGGAGAAAAAAAGGGGGGGAUAUUUACCAAUGUUGAGUUUAGGUAUCCUUAAAAGGGGCUAUGUGUAAUUUCUACCUGAGCACUGACCUUUAUCAUUCUGGAAUGUCGAUAACAACAAUCAAAGGAGACAUGACUUUGGGGAAAAUAGCACCUAUCCUAAUGUGUGUGGGUGGGGCAUGAGUGUUUUUUUUUCCAUCAUUACCACUCAGUAAGCCUUAAAGGCUUAAUAUGCACAAUAAUACCCACAGCCCUUUUAAAGCACCUACUUAACGAAGUCAGGGCACAUUAA